AUGUCAUUACAAACAGAACUGACUUUCAUUCCAAAUGGACGAUUCUUAGCAGUUUUGUCGUUCAGCUCGGGAGAUUUAAGUUCCGAGUGUGACGAUGGCGAGCAAAGUGUUGAUUCCACAGCUACAGCACCAGCCGGAAAUCGACCUCCACCUUUACAAACUCAACCCGUUGGAACUGGUCCACCCAAUAUUCCACCACCAACUGCUGUGCCUGGAUCAGCAGGGCCAACAUCAACAGCACCGGAAUUAUCAUUGAGUUUUGGUAAAGGACCAAAACACACUUCAGCGCCAUCAAGCCCAGCAAAAUCGCGUGAAAGUUUGUUACAACGUGUUCAAAGUUUAACGGGAGCAGCUCGUGAUCAAGGUGCAAGCAUUAUCGGUGCUGCUGCAUCUACGGUUUCGCGUGUUCAAGCAUUCAAUAAAGAUCGUUGCUUUACAUUGCUUGUCGUUGACGAUCAGAAUACUGAUUGGUCGAAGUAUUUCCGUGGUAAGCGUUUACAUGGUGACUAUGAUAUUCGUGUCGAGCAAGCGGAAUUCAAUGAAAUUUCGGUUACGGCUAGUGGUGAUGGUGGACCUACUGUGUCGAUUGUGAGCUAUCGAAGUGGAUCGAAGGCAUCAAGAUCAUUUAGGCCAGAUUUUGUGUUGAUAAGACAACCACCGCGUGAUGGAGCAAAGGAUUAUCGUUCAACAUUGUUGGGCUUGAAAUAUGGCGGUGUACCGUCAAUUAACUCCCUAAACUCAAUCUACCAGUUCCAGGAUCGACCGAAUGUUUUUGCUGCGCUUUUGCAAUUACAACGUCGUUUAGGAAAGGAUCAAUUUCCGUUAAUCGAGCAGCACUUCUUCCCAAAUCCAACUGAAAUGCAAUAA